GUCGAAGCUCUUCAACGUACUGAAACGUGUUCUGCUUUCAAUGUAUUUAAAUGAACCCUGACCCGCAGCAAUAAACUGGUAUUUUUUUUAUCUUUCUUGUUUUCAUCCUCUUCCUUUUCCCCCUCCUGUACCUGGAUGCGAGUUUAUACGAAUAAAUGUCUUAAUUAUAUUGCUCAUUGAAAAUAUUUUAACCCGCAGCAAUAAACUAGUAUUUUGUUUUAUCUUUCUUAUUUUCUUCCUCUUCCUUUUUUUCCCCUCCUGUACCUGUAAGUGAUUUUAUACGAAUAAAUGUCGUAAUUAUAUUGCACAUUUAAAAUAUUUUGUAAAUCAUUUAACAAAAACACUUCCGGGAUUUCUGCACACACGCGCCAAAGCGUCGGCACGGUCUGACCAAUCACUAACUGUAUCUGUGAGAGGAGAGGAUCUCACUCUGUUUCACAGCCGCAAUGAACAACCCCACGUUAACGACGUUUUCUACCGAUGCUGCUCCGAAACACGUCCGUAACGUUAGCAGCAUGACGGAGACAUUGCUAGCUGGGAGAGCAGUGACAAACACCGAUGACACUCAUAAGAAUUUCCUCAAAUGCUGAUUAAUUGCUGUUUAACAACCUCCUACAAGUGGGGCACCUCCUUAUCCCAAAGUAAAAAGAGAACGUUUGUGCCAUCAGCUAUGUUUUGGAAGUUCGACUUGCACACAUCUUCCCAUCUAGAGGCUUUACUGGACAAAGAUGAUACCACGCUAACUGAGCUGAUGGAUGAGGAAGAUGUGCUGCAGGAGUGUAAAGCUCAGAACAGGAGACUUCUCCUGUUCCUAAGCCAAGAUGAGUGCAUGAAAGAGCUGGUGUAUAUGAUUACUACAGAGCCCCCUACUGGUGUUGAUGAGACCAAACGCUUCAAGUAUUCAAAUAUAGCGUGUGAGCUGCUGACGUGUGAUGUGGGUCUGAUCAAUGAUAAGCUAGGUAAUGAGGAAUAUCUGCUGGAAAGUCUCUAUGCCUUCCUGGAGCAGUCCUCCCCUCUAAACCCUCUACUGGCAUCUUUCUUCAGCAAGACUAUUGGAAAUCUCAUCACACGGAAGACUGAGCAGGUAAUACACGGCGGCACUGCACACCUAAACACAGGAACAUUGGGGUGGACUUUGUGAUCGCCUG